AAGUUCCGAGCCUGAAUCGUGAUCGAGUCUGGGGGGGGGAUCAAUUCUGAAGCACACGAACCAGACGGAUGGUGGAUGACAACAUCUCUUCUGUCUUGACACAUGGCUGAUGAAUGUUCACGGAGAGUAUGCACGCUCUCGGCACUCGAUCGUGCUUCCUGAAUUGCUCUCUUCGCGUGAGGGCUGAGCCGACGUCUCGCCAGCAUGCCCCAGUGCUUGCCUAUUGAUUCGCAAUUGAUUCAUCAGCUGGCGGCUCGCGGCGACCCCCGUCAAGCAAGAGCAGACCGACUCUGCAUCAAAAAAUGUUCAAUUUGUGGAUUGGGUGGGUCAUCUCGAUCGAGUAAGCUUGCACGAUCCACUCACCGUGCACGUCUGCGAGCCUUGAGCGAGCUCAAGAUUUGGUGCCUAUACACACAUCAGCAGGCACUCACAUUCACAACACUCAUCACCAGACUCUCAGCAAGAGUCAGCAGCAGCAGCAGCAGCAGCUAGCCGGCACGCACCAUAUAUAUGCAACCAUCCAUCCAGGCACAC